AUGGAUUAAUCACCAGAUCUCCCCUAAAACUAAGUGUUGUAAAGAAGUGAAACGCAGGCUAUUCCAAAAGAUACUACUGGCAGAAUAGUUUAUUAAACAUAUUUUUGUUUAUUGGGUACCACUCUACUAGUUUUAUCAAUUAUAUCUUAUUAUUUCUACUGCGAUGCAUUCGAUAAUUAUAAGUUAAUCAUAGAGAAUUGGCAGUAAUAACCAAUAGAAUCCAUACGAAUGACUUUUGAUAAUUGCAAUGAUGGUGUAAGAAUGAACAUAAUGUUUUAGGAAAUAAAUUUAAUCAAUUACAAAUGGCCUGGAACUGUGGAUGGAUGCGAUUGUCGGUAUGGUUUAAGAUUAUUGGCUGUUUAAACUAAUAAUCAUCACACAUGGAUCCCAAGAAAUAAGAUCUACAAUAAUCAUGCUUGUAACAUAACACAAAGAGCAUGGGGAUGUGUUUCCGUAUAUGCUAAAAACCCUAUUGAUUUUCAUAGAUUCCCAUCAAAAACACAAAAAGAAGGGUUCAAACUAUGUGCUGUGCUUGAGAAAGACAACAGUUUCUAUUCUCGCCAUCCUGAUUCAAAUGAAUGUCCAAAAGGUUAAAUAAAAUGUGGAAACCAGCCCGAUUACUUUUAUUGUACUAGUUAGCCCCAAUGUCCGGUAUUUGAAAUCGGUUUCAAAGGUGCUUCUGAAGUGUAAGAUGCGUAAGAAUAGACGGAAAAGGGAUUUACACUUUUAUAUAAUAGAAAGAGUGAGUACAAACUACCAUUGGUGGAGGUUAGGGUGUCAGAAGGAAAAGGGAUUUGCAUGAAGAAUCAUGAGAGAGGGUUGACUUCUGGGAGAACAGAGUAUUCAUUAAUGAGAGAGAACAAAACUGAAUGCGAAAUUGAUAACCGAUUUAUUAAGUUGCAAUCCUCAAAUGAAGUAGAGUUUUAUGAAUCCAAUAAUCAAUUGAAAUUGUAGGAUCAACUGAGAGGGUAUGAGAUUUCAACAUAAUAUCAAUGGGGUAAUUGAGAUUCUUAAUUCAGGUCUUUAUGGUCGAGGAUAUAUUGAGUGGAAGAUGUCGUGUAGAGGAGAAACCUUUGAUAAUUUUAUUGAUCAGGAACAAAUAUUGGAAGAGAUCUUACAUACUUAGAAACUUCUGAUGAUAGUAUCUAUAAUCUACUUCUUCGUAAUCUCAGUAAUGUGGAGUUGUAUACAAGCCCAAACUAUAUAAGGAGAGGAUUGGCCUUGUAUUAAAGGACGUGGCACUGAAGAGUCCAACACCAUAUUUUAUUUGGAAAUACUAACCAAAGUUUUGUUAUAGAGUUUAUAGGCUUUCAUCAUUUUUUCUAGUUUUAGUAAAACCAAGGCGGAAAGUGACUUUUUAGAAGGUGUUCUCCUGCAGAAUUGCUCUGACGAAUAUGUUUAAUUACAAUUAGAGUACUUAAGGGAUAUGCUCACUGAAAAUAUUUAUAAUUUUAACAAGGGCUGCUUGAUUCUAUUUUGUGUUACCACAGCCUUUGACUUUUGUGUGGCAUUAUAUCUGGUAGUUUCAUUCAUAAAGGAUAGAAAUUCAAAGUAAAGUAGUUUUGAAUAUCGAGAUGAAAUUAAAUAGGGUUAUGAAUUAAAUUAAAUGAAUGGGAUGACAAAUCAAAAUUAAUAACAAUUAAAUGAUUAAUCUCAAUACAACAAUUGA